AUGGUAUGGAGAGUUACACUACUAGCACUCAUCAUGUGCUGUUCGUCGGUAUUGACAAAAACCUACGAAAAAUUUUGGUGUUCAACUCAAGAAGGUCCACAACAAUUAACUUGUCCUGAUGAUGAUGCACUAUUAACAGAUGUUAUUAUAAACAAAGUUUAUCGUCGUACAAAACGUUGUGAACCCGAUGUUCAUUCAGAAUAUUUAAUUCAUUGUCAAAAUAUUCUUAAUGCUACACAAUGUGAAGGAAAUCAUAGUUGUACAAUUGAUAUAUCGCCAACAGAUUAUGUUUUAUGUAAAGAUGGUGAACGUCAAACGCCAACAUAUUUUUUUGUAAAAUAUACCUGUAUGCAAAUUUAUACUCUUUGUCAACAUAAAGAAACUGUUCGAAAUACAUUAUACGGAUUUAUUGUUUCACCAGCUUAUCCUCAUCCAAUGGCCGACAAUUUAAAAUGUUCAAUUAGUAUAGAAGCUGAACAUUCAAUGUAUAUUGAACUAACUCCAUUACAACUACAAUUACAUGAUUCAAUUAAAUGUCACACAGAAUAUUUGGAAAUAUUUGGUUAUGGUGGUCAAAACAAUGAUUCAUUAACAAAUAACAAUAAUAAUAAUUAUCAUAAUAAUAAUAAUAAUGGGAAAAAUGGUGCCAUGUGGAAAUCUUAUCAUGCAUGGUGUGGUGAUGAACGAUCAUCAAAUCAUCCAUUAUCAACAUCUCGUUAUACAAUUCCAUCAAGUUCCGUUUAUAUGUCACUUCAUACGGUUUUAUCAUCUAAAUCUCGUUAUUUUAAAAUUCGUUACAAAGUUGUACCAUCAACUUCACGUAUCUAUAAUCAUGUGUUUUCAUCCAUUUCAUCAACACCUGUACUACCAUUAAUGUCUAUAACAACAACGACACUAGUCAUAUUAGAAGAACCAAUAAAUAAAAAUCAAACAAUAGUAAAAAAAUCUCACAGAAAAGAAAUAAUCAUUGGUGUUAUUGCUGGAAUUGGGCUGCUUGUUCUGGCUAUUGGAAUUGGUAUAGUUUUGCUCAUAUUUUUCAAGAGGCGGCAAUCAACUGUAAAAACAUCUUCAAAAACUGUAGCGACUCCGAGUAAAACUUUACCAUCUACUGCGUCAAAAAAUAAUAAGACUCAACAUGCUCCGAUAUCAGCAGAUAAAACUCCAUUACUUGACACACCGCUAACAAAUAACACGGAUGCUGCUGCUCAGUCUCAAAAACGUAAACUUGUACCUGAGAGAACUGUUCAAAUAUCUGAUGUAAAUUCAUCACGAUUUAACAAACCGACGACUGCUCCCGGAGGUGAGGGACAGACGACUACUUCUAGUCAUCAACUGAAAGAAAUGAGUUCAACGAGUUCUGAAGCAGCAGGAACAGCAAUUAUGACAUCUGCUGUACCGUCAACACUCAAACCCGUAAUGAAUGCCGAUAGUGGUGUGUACGGUGCUGAGUUAACUGAUACUCAAGCAAUAGUCGAUAAAAUUAAAGAAGUUAAAAUAUAUGGCAUCGAUUUGCCGGAUAAAGUUGAAACAUUGACUAAAACUAUACCGAUUAAUCCUUCUGCCGAGCAAUCUUCUUCUAAUUCUAAUAUUACUCAGGAAAUAAAAGGCAAUGAUGAAGACAAUCUCGUUAAAAUCGUUGUGAAUCCAUUAGGUGAAUUCGAAAAUUCGACGAACACUGCUGCAGUAUCAGAUAAAAUCGAUACAGAAACAACUCCUCUUUUAACCAUAGAGAAUUCCAAACCAUUAGUCGAUGAUCGACUAUCAUCCCCACCGACGGUAACAUUAUUAUCAGAUCAUACAUCCGAUACACCACCAGUUUCUGAUAUUAUUUCACGACGGGAAAGUCCAUUGGGGUCACCUUCUUUAUCUUAUGAUCAAGGUGAUACAACAGUGACAAGCGCCUAUCCAACAUUGAUUGAUGCUACAACAAGUGAAAAUGAAAGUGAUUAUCGUCAAACAACGGAUAAACAUGAUAUGGGAAAUAACAUUAGUUUUAACCAACCAAGAAGAACAACGUUCAAUCCGCUACAUGUGAUAUUAAAAAAGGAUUCAAAUAAAUACUAUACAACAGAAUAUAUUUAG